GGGGACGGGUCCGGGAUGGACUCCGAGCUCCUGGCUACCUGCAGCGCUCUGGGCUACCUGGAAGGGGCCGAGUACCACCGGGAGCCCGACUGCCUGGAGAGCGUGAAGGACCUGAUCCGGUUCCUGCGCCAUGAGGACGAGACCCGGGAUGUGCGGCAGCAGCUGGGGGCGGCGCAGAUCCUGCAGAACGAUCUCCUGCCCAUCCUGGUGCAGUACCCGCAGGACAGGGCCCUCUUCGAUGCCGUGGUCAGGCUCAUGGUGAACCUGACGCAGCCGGCGCUGCUCUGCUUCGGCAAAGUCCCCGCGGACGCCGGCUCCAGGCACCACUUCCUGCAGGUGGGGUCUUACCUGCAGGCCUAUAAAGAGGCGUUUGCCAGUGAGAAGGUGUUUGGGGUGCUCAGUGAGAAGCUCUAUGACCUCCUGCAGCUCGACUGGGAGCAGCGGCAGGAGGAGGACGCGCUGCUCAUCGAGAGGAUCCUGCUGCUGGUGCGCAAUGUGCUGCACGUGCCCCCGGACCCCAGCGAGCAGCAGCUCGUGGAUGGCGACGCCACCGUGCACGACCGGGUGCUGUGGGCGCUGCACCUCAGCGGCAUGGACGAUCUGCUCAAGUUCCUGGCCAGCGCCCAGGCGGAGCAGCAAUGGGCGCUGCACGUCCUGGAGAUCAUCUCCCUCAUGUUCCGGGACCAGAGCCCCCAGGACCUGGCGGUGCUGGGGCAGAGCCAGGCGGGUGCUGAGCACAGGGAGGACACUCGGGAGCUGCAGAGCCUGCGGCAGAGGGAGCUGGCGGAGAAGAGGACCCGGGCGCUGCAGCGCCCCUAUAGGCACUCCCGGUUCGGCGGCUCCUACGUGCUGCAGGGCCUGAAGGCGAUCGGGGACCGGGAUGUGGUGUUCCAUGGGGGGCUGCACAAGCUGAAGAGCUACAGCCACGACCUGGGCAAGGAGCCGCGGCGAGUGCCCCGGCGGCGCCAGGCAGCCCCCGAGGCCGAGCUUCGGCACCGCUCGGCGCGCAACGUCCGCCUCUUCCUGCGCCGCUUCUGCCAGGACUUCCUGGAGGGCUGCUACAACCGCCUCAUGCUGCUGGUGAAGGACCACUUGGUGCGGGAGAGGGCUCAGCAGCACGAUGAGACCUAUUACCUAUGGGCUUGUGCCUUCUUCAUGGCCUUCAACCGGCACCGCGGCUUCCGCCCGGAGCUGGUGUCCGAGACCGUGGGCGUCCGCGCCUUCCAGUUCAUGGAGCGGAACCUCACCACCUACUACGAGAUGGCGCUGGUGGACAAGAAGGAGGCCGUGACCUGGGCGCGCAGGAUGCACUUGGCUCUCAAGGCGUACCAGGAGCUGCUGCUCACGCUGCAGGAGAUGGACCGGUCCCCGGAGCCGGCGGUGCGGGACAGCAGCCAGGUCAUCAAGAGCAACAUCUUCUACGUGCUGGAGUACCGGGAGCUCUUCCUGGCGCUCUUCCGCCGGUUGGACGAGGCCCAGCACCCGCGCAGCUUCCUGCGGGACCUGGUGGAGACGGCGCAUCUCUUCCUGCGCCUGCUGCAGCGCUUCUGCCGCGCCCGCUCCAGCCUCGUGGUGCAGAGCAAGCGAGUGCGGAGGAAGAAGCAGCCCCGCGCGCCCGCAGCCGCAGCCCCGCAGCCGCCCAGCGCCGAGGAGCUGCAGGGGCUGUGGGCAGGGCUGGCCCCACAGCUUCAGGCCUGUCUGCAGGGCGAGGUGCCGCUCCCCGAGGACCUGGUGCCCUUCGAUGCCGCAUCGGAGACGCCGGUGGAGGAGCAGCGCGCCGAGGCCCUGCUGCGGAUCCAGGGGUGCCUGCGGGAUGCUCGGGUCCCACAGGCCCUGCGGCUGCUCCGCGCUGCCCGGGAUGUAUGGCCCGAAGGGGAUGUGUUCGGCCCCCCCAGUGCGGGACCCUCUGAGGAGACCCAGCUGCUCCAGGACAUCCUCUUUGCUCCUCUGCCCCAGCACGCACCCCCCGAGCCUGAGGAGCCGGAGGAGGAGGAGGAGGAGGAGGAGGAAGAGGAGGAAGCGACCGUGCAGGUGUCGGAGAAGGAGUUCAACUUCCUCGACUACCUCAAGCGGUUCGCCUGCCCCCCCGUGGUGCGGGCGCUGGUGCUGGUGCUGCGGGGGUACCCCCACAACAGCGCCCGCACCAACCACUGCGCCGCGCGCCUGCUGCACCGCCUGGCCCGCGACCUGCGCAUGGAGCCGCUGCUCUUCCAGCUCUCGCUCUUCGCCCUCUUCCACCGGCUCCUGCAGGACCCGGCCGCCGGCGCGCACCAGGAGCUGGUGGCCUUGGCCAGGUUCGUGCUGGGCAAGUUCUUCGCGCUGGCGGCCACCAACAAGAAGGCGUUCGUGGAGCUGCUCUUCUGGAAGAGCCCAGCGGCCGCCCGGGAGAUGACCGAGGGCUACGGCUCCCUGCGGGAGGGAGAGGGGGCUGCCAGGAGCCGAGCUCCCCCCUGGACCCCGCAGGAGGAGCAGGAGCUGCGGGAGCUCUAUUGGAAGUACAAGGAGGUGGAAGGCUUGGACGUGGCCGGAGCCAUCCUGGCGCAGCUCCCGGCGCCGGGGCGCAGCCGCAGGCACCUGGUGAAGCACUUGGUGCACUUGGGGCUCAUCGGCAGCGCCCGCGAGCUCCCGCGGCUGAGGAAGGGCACCCGCAUCGUGCUGUGGACGCAGGAGCAGGAGGAGGAGCUGGCGCGGCUCUUUGAGGAGUUCCGGGGCUCGGAUGACGUGCUGGGCCGCAUCCUGCAGCACCUCACGGCGCGGCGCUCGCGGGCCCGGGUCGUGGACAAGCUCCUGGCGCUGGGGCUGGUGGCGACGCGCGCCGAGCUCUACAAGAGGCACCGGAGGAAGGGCCAGGGCCCGGUACCGGGAGCCGCGGCAGCGCUGGUCCAGGACCCCUCUGAGGAUGGGGACAGCGAGGAGGAGGAGGAGGAUGAAGAAGAUGAAGCCCCCAUGGAGGGGGCUGAGGAAGGGGGCGGGCAGGGCCUGGCGCAGCGGCUGCAUCAGGAAGGGCUGGCCGGGCCCCUGCGCUGGCUCCAGAGCUGCCUGCGGAGGACGGCGGGGGACCGGGAGGAGGAUGGCACCUCCCACCCGGUGCCGCUGGUGCCGCUCUCGGAGGAGAAUGAGGACGCGAUGGAGAACCGGAGCUUCCAGGCGCUGCUGCGGGGGCUGGGGCUGCGGCCCCCCGAGAGCGAGCAGGAAACCUUCUGGCGCAUCCCGGCUGCGCUCACCCCCCGCCAGCUCCGCCGUGCGGCCGCCUCCAUCACCCCCCUCGGCCCCGACCCCUUGGGGUCCCCCCAGGAGCUGCCGGAGCCCCCCCAGUGCCCGCAGGACCCUGACCCAGCAUCACCGCAGCCACUGGAUUCAGAGAGUGAGGAGCCUGACCCCAGCCCGGUGCAGCCCCACACCAAGAGGCAACGGGACCUGGACAGCGAGGACGAGGCCUCCGGUGGGUCCAGCCUGGCGCUGGUUGGGGGGUUCAUGGGUGCCCCCCUUGUCCCCGCACCCCUGGGUUGGGUGCUCAGCCCCUUCCCUGCCCCAUUCAGGCCCAGCGCUGCCCGCAGGGGAUGA